CCACGAACUGUUUCGGUUCCAAGAAUAAAGUUGAUUCAUUCAAAUGUUGAUCAAAGCGUUAAAAGGCCCUGUGAAUUGACAGCUCGUACAGUCGGACUGCGAUCUGGACGAAUGCGUUGAAGUUAGAGAAGCUGCUGUGUUGUGUAAGUGUCUUACGAUUUCACGAUGUCUGUGGUUGGGGUGUACACGCUGCCGGGCUGGUGGCGUCGCGAGGUUGCUGCUGCCGUCUGUGGGGGAGUUAUUAUCUGGGGCCUGGGCGUAUUUGUAAAGAAACGGUACUUUUCUCCACUGAACAAGAUCCCCAGCCGACCGAAAGGAAGUCUCUUGUAUGGCAACAUGAAGGACUAUUUCAACGGGGACAAGAUGGAUAUACACACGGAAUGGAUGCGGGAGAUGGGAACCGGCGUAAUCCGCUACUUCCACUGCAUGGGCGAGCAGCGGGUGAUGAUUGCUGACGCCCAGGCCAUGAACCACAUCCAGCACGCCAACAACAGCAACUACGUCAGACCCAACUAUGUCAAAACAGUGUUGGAGCCAGGGAUAGGCAUGAGCCUACUAUUUAUGAACGGCGAGGAGCAUCAGGUUCACCGCCGACUGUGUAGCCAGGCGUUCAAGACGCAGGUCCUGCAAAGGAUGAUCCCAGCUAUCCAGACUCACGGGGAAGGUCUCGUAGACGCUUGGACAAAUGAGGCUGAAGACAACAACGAUGGGAUGGUGGAAGUGGCAGAGGAUUUGAGCAAACUGACGACGGAGAAUAUUGCCCAGUGUGGGUUCGGGGUCAGGAUGUGUGACCUGUCAGCAUCUCACGAAGACGUCGCAAAAGCUUUUAACGGUGUUUCCAAGUAUAAGCCAGGGAAACUGAGGUUUUUGUGGGCUAAACUAGCCAUGGCCCUACCAACUAAAGCCAACAGGACGUAUUCAAGAAAUCUUAAAGUUUGCGACCAGAUAAUUGAAGACGCCAUUCGCAUGAAAAAGGCCGCCAUCGACACCGACACAGUGGAUGAGGAUGGACUGAAGGAUAUUUUGAGCGUGCUGAUGCUUGCCAGGGAUGAGGAGACAGGGAAACAGCUCUCCCCUAAACAGCUCCGGGAUCACGCCAUGUUUUUCUUUGCUGCUGGAAUUCAGAAUACAGCCACUUGCAUGUCCUGGUGUCUCCUUGUUUUGGCCACUAGACCGGAAAUACAGCAACGAGUCAGGUCAGAGGUCACCACGCACCUGCCUCCGAGGGGUGAACCAAUCACAGACGCCCAUCUUCACAAGUUGAAGUAUCUGGAGAGUGUGAUCAAGGAGACGUUAAGGUUUCACCCCGUUAUUACCAACUACAACAAGCAGGCCGUCAGGGACGACGUCAUCAACGGCUACCACAUUCCUGCCGGCACCAUCGUCACUCUCUGUGUGGAGGCACUACACAGGAAUCCCGCCUACUGGGAGGAACCCGACGAGUUUCAGCCGGAGCGGUUCCUGCACCAGGAAAAGCAAGAAAACACAAAAUGGCGUCCGUUUGGCGCCGGAAAUAAGAUGUGCCUCGGCAACAAAUUUGCCAUGAUGGAGAUGAAGGUGACAUUGGGCUUGUUGUUACGAGACCUUCAGUUUACGAAGGAUGACACGGACUAUGGCAGAAAGAAGUGCAUCACCAUGUUCCCAGACCCCCCGCUGACCCUGCAGACGCGCCCCGUCAACAUGUAAAGAUCAGAGUCAUUCGUCACCACUCGCCCCUUUCCGUCACCUGCAUUCGGUUUGUCCCGGAAUAACACGAGUUGGUCACGAAUGGAUCAGAGUGUGACCGAGUGAUGAAGACGGUUAAGAGACGAUAAGAAACAGACUUUGUGUGUUUCUAGUGACGUGUUUCAUUCCGCAUCUUUUGAUGCCUGCAUGAAAGAUGAUAUUUAACAAUACAGUCGGACCCCGGUAUCUCGAACCUAGUGGGACCAUGUUGUAAUUCGAGAUGUCCUGACAUUCGAGAUAGCAUGGCAUGUGCUUGUGAAACAUAUUCAAUGUGCAAAAGACAAAUUCGAGAUAAAGGUACACAAUUCUAUAGAAGUCAAAGUUGGGACCGUGUCCAAUGUUCGAGAAAGCGAUAUGAAUUCAAGAUAAGCUGUCAAAUGUAAGGCGGUCGGGUCGGUACUGAAGAAUAGGUUCGUCUUAUGUGGUACAUUCCAGAUGACGGUAUCCGGCGGCAUAUGUUUUGUUUGUGCCAAUGAUCAGGGGUUCGGUGUGAAUUUCUCGUGUACCCAAAUAUUCACCGUAACAUCUCACCCUGCAGACAUGUAUCAACACUUUCGUGGUGGGUUUUAACAUUCAAACUGUUUUCUACAGUCAAUCACAUAGUCCCCUUUUAAACUCAUGAACUCUCUAAAGUGCUAUAAUUAAUAUUGCUAAAGGGUUAUAAUUAAUAUUGACCAGGCAUUUUUUUGUGUAAGGACACUGAUUGCUUGGAUAAUUUGAAUUAAUUAUUUUGUUUUUACAUUUUCUAAAAAGAAAAUGUUGAGCCAGUAGCCCAUCGUCCUUCCGAUUUAAUAUUUGGAAUAUUCAAGUAUAACGGGGGCACGCGUGGCCCAGUCGUCUAAGGCGCCGCGAUUCGCUGUGCAGAGUUGCGUCCCUUGGGCACGCCAGAAACCUAUGAUUGUGGGUUCGAAUCCCGGUUCGUCCCGAUUAUGUUUCUAGGUUUGUUAGCACCAUACCCGUGCUCGUGGGUUUCACCGAAUUGGUAAACGUCUAAGACCUACAUCACUUCGGGCUUUCCUCCCACAUUACGCUGACACGCCGUGCUAUAACUGGAAAACUGUUAAAAGCGGCGUUAAACAUAACUCACUCAAGUAAAACGUGGGUACAAGGUUGCAUUUUAUGUGUGGUAUUUCAGGUACUGCCCAAGAUUAUCUUGAUGAAGACUGUGAACUCAUGUUAACCUCAGUUUACGCAUGUUCGAAAACAUGUCGAGGCUUGGUAAUGGUUGUGUAAGAGUGACAUCGAGUUCUAGCAAAUUUGACUGAUUUUCAAAUUUUCAGAUAUUGAAAGUACCUUUUGCCAAAUUGAUGAAGUGGAAGUGUUGUGUGUGUGUGUGCGUGCGUGUUCAUAUCCUAACCUUAAUUUUAAACAUUGUGUUAGUAUAUGUCUUAUUUUACCUAACCCAGACCAUGGCGUUAGAAUUUGCUUUUAUGUCUAAGUGUCUCGUAGACCAUACCUGGUCGGAUGUUAUAUUUUACUGUUCGUGUUCGUGUUUUAGUAUGAAGUGUAUAUAACAUGUGACACUAUAAUAAACAUUAUUCUCUCUCUUCUCUCUGUGUGCAUGGGUGCGUGUGUGUAUAUAUGUGUCUUUGAUAACAUUGUAUUCUCAACACAAAAAGCAUUGUUUUUUAUAGCCAGUGAGUUUCUUUUCCCCCGUUUUGCUUUGCCAGGAGUGGCAGGUCAAAAGCUUUAAUUGCUAUGAUAUUAUUUUAUAUUUUUCUUCCAUCUUGUUAAAGAACGUGAUAUGUAUUAUAUUAAUUUUCAUUUGAAAUUAGAUUUGAAUAAUGUUUACUGCGCUAUUCAAAUCCUGUUGAAGCUCAAUGCUUUUAUAUUUAUGUACUGUAUACUGUAUAUAUUAUAGGUAAAUUGAUUGUGAUAUCAUGCUCAAUAUUUCGAUAUUUCUGAAUCACGAGCAUUUGAUUACUGUAAAUAUCUGUACAUGAGAUUGUGAUGGAAGGCACGCAACUCUUGCCGACAAGUCUGUGAUACAAUUCGGGUUUCGGGUUUCCUGUCAAGUCCGGUUUGUAGUAUAACAGUUGGUGUGUCAGAAGUGUGCAGACAUGGAUAUUGAUGAGAUUCUCUUUAGUGAAUACUUGACAAAGACAGUACAAAAGAACUUUUAUGUAUGAAGGUUUUGUACAACGGAACUAAGAGCUGUAUAUUUUAUUUUGUGUAAUAAACACUAUCUUACAU